CUUGCAUGAACAAGAAAAUUUAUUUGGUUAGUCUUUUUAAUUUAACUCCAAUAUAAACACUAUAUCACAGUAAAAUGGGGGACGAAGAAGAUCCUUGGGGUUUCGAUGAUGGCGGUGAUGCUGAAGCAACUGUACAGCCUGGUUCUACAGAUCCUGUACCAUCAAAACCAGAAAGUGUGAAAUCUGAGCCAAGAUCCGAAGCAGGCCCCCAGGCAGUAGAUGUGCCGGGGGAAGAAAUUGCUGCCGAGCCCGAAGAAUUGAAGGCGCCUCCACCACCACCAGAAGAUGACGGCUACAGGAAACCAGUUCAGCUAUACAGGCAUUGGGUUAGGCCGAAAUUUCUGCAGUACAAAUAUAUGUACAACUAUAGAACCAAUUAUUAUGAUGAUGUUAUUGAUUAUCUGGACAAAAAGCAAGUUGGCGUUGCACGGGAUAUACCUAGGCCCCAGACAUGGGCGGAACGUGUCCUGCGCACAAGAGAUAUCAAUGCAAGCGGUAUUGAUCACUACUCGCAGUCCACAAAGCGGGAUAAGCACUUAAUUCAAACAUUAGCUGCAUCGAUCCGAACAUACAAUUAUCAUACUAAAGCAUAUAUCAAUCAGAAAUAUGCAAGUGUUCUAUAAACUCGAAAUAUUUGCGAACUUUUCACAUAUCAAAUCGAUUAGAAUAUUU